CGUGCGGCGGCAUCCGCUGGGUGAGGCUGCCGUCGCCGCACUGGCUGGUUGGGACUGUGUCUGUGGGAGGCGCCGGGGUGAUGGCGGUGGAGACUCUGUCCCCCGACUGGGAGUUUGACCGCGUUGACGACGGCUCGCAGAAAAUUCAUGCUGAAGUUCAACUUAAGAAUUAUGGGAAAUUUCUUGAGGAGUAUACAUCUCAGUUGAGAAGAAUUGAGGACGCCCUGGAUGACUCAAUUGGAGAUGUCUGGGAUUUCAAUCUUGAUCCUAUAGCAUUAAAGCUUUUGCCUUAUGAGCAGUCUUCUCUUUUGGAACUCAUAAAGACUGAAAACAAGGUCUUAAACAAAGUCAUCACUGUUUAUGCUGCACUUUGUUGUGAAAUCAAGAAAUUAAAAUACGAGGCUGAAACCAAAUUUUACAAUGGUCUCUUGUUUUAUGGAGAAGGAGCUACAGAUUCCAGCAUGGUGGAAGGUGAUUGCCAGAUUCAAAUGGGGAGAUUUAUUUCAUUCUUACAGGAACUGUCUUGUUUUGUUACGAGGUGCUAUGAAGUGGUGAUGAAUGUAGUCCAUCAGUUGGCUGCCCUCUAUAUCAGUAACAAAAUUGCACCCAAAAUUAUAGAGACAACUGGAGUUCAUUUUCAGACUAUGUAUGAGCACUUGGGAGAACUGCUAACAGUUUUGCUCACCCUGGAUGAGAUUAUCGAUAAUCAUAUCACACUGAAAGACCACUGGACUAUGUACAAAAGGUUACUGAAAUCUGUCCAUCAUAAUCCUUCAAAAUUUGGAAUUCAGGAAGAAAAACUAAAGCCAUUUGAAAAGUUCUUGCUGAAGUUAGAAGGGCAGUUACUUGAUGGAAUGAUAUUCCAGGCUUGUAUAGAACAACAGUUUGAUUCUCUCAAUGGAGGAGUAUCUGUGUCAAAAAACAGCACUUUUGCAGAGGAAUAUGCACAUAGUAUUCGCUCAAUUUUUGCAAAUGUAGAAGCCAAACUUGGAGAACCUUCUGAAAUUGACCAGAGAGACAAAUAUGUUGGAAUUUGUGGACUCUUUGUAUUGCACUUUCAAAUCUUUCGAACUGUUGAUAAAAAAUUUUAUAAGUCUUUAUUGGACAUUUGUAAGAAGGUACCAGCCAUCACUCUAACUGCUAAUAUUAUUUGGUUUCCUGAUAAUUUUCUGAUCCAGAAAAUACCAGCAGCUGCCAAACUUCUAGACAGAAAAAGUCUUCAAGCCAUUAAAAUACACAGGGAUACUUUCUUACAACAGAAAGCUCAGUCGCUUACCAAAGAUGUACAGUCUUACUACGUCUUUGUGAGCUCAUGGAUGAUGAAAAUGGAAUCUAUUUUAUCUAAAGAGCAGAGAAUGGAUAAAUUUGCUGAAGACCUCACCAACAGAUGUAAUGUUUUUAUACAGGGCUUUUUAUAUGCAUAUAGUAUUAGUACCAUUAUUAAGACAACAAUGAAUCUCUAUAUGUCCAUGCAAAAGCCAAUGACCAAGACCUCAGUUAAGGCAUUGUGCAGGCUUGUUGAACUUCUCAAGGCAAUAGAGCAUAUGUUCUACAGAAGAAGCAUGGUUGUGGCUGAUUCAGUUUCACAUAUAACACAACACCUUCAACAUCAGGCUCUUAAUUCUAUUUCUGUGGCCAAGAAAAGAGUAAUUUCUGACAAAAAAUACAGUGAACAGCGUCUUGAUGUGCUCUCUGCUCUAGUUUUGGCUGAAAACACUCUAAAUGGACCAAGCACAAAGCAACGACGACUUAUUGUUUCUUUGGCACUAAGUGUUGGCACACAAAUGAAAACAUUUAAAGAUGAAGAACUCUUUCCACUUCAAGUAGUCAUGAAAAAAUUAGAUCUCAUCAGUGAACUUAGAGAACGGGUCCAAACACAAUGUGACUGUUGUUUUUUGUACUGGCAUCGAGCUGUCUUCCCAAUUUAUUUGGAUGAUGUAUAUGAAAAUGCCAUUGAUGCAGCCAGAUUACAUUAUAUGUUCAGUGCUUUACGGGACUGUGUACCUGCUAUGAUGCAUUCAAGGCACUUGGAGUCCUAUGAGAGACUUCUGGAUUGCUAUGACAAGGAAAUUAUGGAAAUUUUAAAUGAGCAUUUACUGGACAAGUUGUGCAAAGAAAUAGAGAAGGAUCUGCGACUUUCUGUGCAUACUCAUUUAAAGCUGGAUGACCGAAACCCUUUCAAAGUUGGCAUGAAAGACCUAGCCCUUUUUUUCUCUCUGAAUCCAAUUCGGUUUUUCAAUCGUUUUAUUGACAUUCGAGCUUAUGUAACUCACUACCUAGACAAGACUUUCUACAAUCUAACAACAGUAGCUCUUCACGACUGGGCCACUUACAGUGAAAUGAGAAAUUUAGCUACUCAGCGUUAUGGAUUGGUUAUGACAGAGGCACAUCUUCCUAGUCAGACUUUGGAACAGGGCCUUGAUGUUUUGGAAAUUAUGAGAAACAUUCAUAUAUUUGUGUCUCGAUACCUCUAUAAUCUCAAUAAUCAGAUUUUUAUUGAACGAACAAGCAAUAACAAACAUUUGAAUACUAUUAAUAUCCGUCAUAUUGCUAAUUCAAUUCGAACACAUGGCACAGGAAUCAUGAAUACAACAGUUAAUUUCACCUACCAGUUUUUGAAAAAGAAGUUCUAUAUAUUUAGCCAGUUUAUGUAUGAUGAACAUAUCAAAUCCAGAUUGAUUAAAGAUAUUCGGUUUUUCAGGGAAAUCAAGGACCAAAAUGAUCAUAAGUAUCCUUUUGAUAGAGCAGAAAAAUUUAAUCGAGGCAUAAGAAAACUUGGAAUAACACCAGAGGGACAGAGCUACCUUGAUCAGUUCAGGCAACUCAUCAGCCAAAUUGGUAAUGCUAUGGGCUAUGUACGAAUGAUAAGAUCUGGUGGUCUUCAUUGUAGCAGCAAUGCCAUUAGAUUUGUGCCUGAUCUUGAAGAUAUUGUAAAUUUUGAAGAACUAGUAAAAGAAGAAGGUCUUGCAGAAGAAACAUUAAAAGCAGCAAGGCAUUUGGAUUCAGUCCUCAGUGAUCACACACGAAAUUCUGCUGAAGGCACAGAAUAUUUCAAAAUGCUUGUAGAUGUUUUUGCUCCGGAAUUUCGAAGGCCAAAGAAUAUACAUCUCCGAAAUUUCUAUAUCAUUGUUCCCCCUCUGACCCUCAAUUUUGUAGAGCAUUCCAUUAGUUGCAAGGAGAAGUUGAAUAAAAAAAAUAAAAUUGGAGCUGCCUUUACUGAUGAUGGCUUUGCCAUGGGUGUGGCUUACAUUCUAAAGCUUUUGGAUCAGUACCAGGAGUUUGACUCACUUCACUGGUUCCAGUCUGUUAGAGAGAAAUACCUGAAGGAGAUAAGGGCAGUUGCUAAGCAACAGAAUGUGCAGUCAACUAGUCAAGAUGAAAAACUGCUACAAACCAUGAAUCUCACUCAGAAGCGACUGGAUGUCUAUCUACAGGAAUUUGAAUUGCUAUAUUUCUCACUGAGCAGUGCAAGAAUUUUCUUCAGAGCAGACAAGACUGCAGCUGAAGAAAACCAAGAGAAGAAAGAGAAAGAAGAAACUAAAACAAGCAAUGGAGACCUGUCUGACAGCACUGUGUCUGCUGAUCCUGUUGUGAAGUGAUAUUGAUGAUAUGCAUUGCCCACAUGAAAUCAUCAGAGUUGUGUUAAAACUUUUGCCAAUGAAAUGGAUGUUAUAAGCUGUUGAUGAAUUGUUUCCUGGGUCACAUCUCUGGAAAAUACUUAGAUGCUGCAACUCUUUAAGGCAGUGCUCUAUUUCCAAAGGCUCUACUUUUCAACAGUUGAGAAUGAGAUUGUAAAGUUGGAUCUUUGCCUGGACUUCAGGCUAGGAGACAUUUCUAGGAACAGUUAUUUGAAAUGAAGUUAUAGAAGGGCAAAUCCAGAUUCGUAUACUAUCACCUCAGAUCUCUUGUAAUCUACGUGUUUGUAAUUUUUAUUUGCAUAGGUCUUUGAUCCAUUUUUAUCUAAAGUCUUUGGAAAUUCAUUGCAUAUACCAUAUGUAGCCAGUAAAUACAUGCUUAAAAAAAGAAAUUGAGCCUGAGAUUCAUGAAACAUACAUAUCAAUUUCUUAUAAAAGGAAUAUAUGAAGAUGGCUUUGAUACUAGAGGUGAGACAUAAGUGUGUUAAUACCCUUUGUGUACAGUAUAACUGGUGAUUAUUCAACUCAUUGUUAAUUUCAUGUGACUCAGCUGCUGAUGUCUUUGAUAUAAGACAUUUUAUAACUAGUUUACAUUGCUUUGAGAACAUUUAACCUCCAACUGCUUUAAAUUUAAGAUUUACUUAAUAUUCAAAGAAAAUUCAGAUAAAGCCAUAGAAUCCUGUUUGAAGCUUCAGUUCUGUUCUCGUUGGUUGAAGGGACUAUAUAUGAUACCAGGAAAAAAAAAAAAUGAAUGAAUUAUUUGUACAUCCAAACUCAGGUUUCUUCUAUAUUAGGUUGAAUUGAAAUCUUAGUGAUGGUUUGGACAGCCUUUUUCUUUAUAUCAAGUAUAAUCUAAGACAUCAGAUUAAAUAAUAAUGGUACUGUUCAGGCUUUUAAAAAAUUACCAUUGUGAGAAUAAAGUUCUAAUAAAAUUAAUCACUUACUGAUUUAAAAAGUACAGAAAGAUUUUGAGUAAAUUUAGUUCCCAAUAAGCUGUUAGCUUUAUUUUUGUAAAGGUAUGUCAGUUAUUAAAUAAUCCUUUUUAAAAAUAUAAUGAUACCUUUACAAUAAAUUCAAGAGUUUAAAACUUGAAAUGUAAAACAAACAUCAUUUUGGGAAAUGCUUGAUUUUUCUAUUGCACUUGCCCGCUAAACAUUUCUUUGGAUAAAUCCUACAAGUAAUUCUAACAUUGUUCUUUAAUUCCAGCUUUUGGUAGGGUGUACAAUGCCCUGUCUGUACUAAUUGGUUAGGGUCAGGGUAACUUUCCCAGCCUAUGAUAAAUACUUUUACUAUUAAAAGAAGAAGCAAAAUACAUAGGAAAUGUAUUUUGUUUAUUAUGUAAACAUGGCUUACAGAAUUAUGGACAAUGGAUGGAUUAAAGGCAUUUAAUAUUUGUAAUUCAUACUAACUGUAGAAAUGGCCCUAAAGCAUGCUGCAUAACUAAUAAUUUAUAUUUUCAUUAUUGUAAAUGUUUAUAUUAAUGAUCUUGCAUUUGAUUAUAUCAAAUUAGUCACCAUUUCAUAGCAACAGCAUUAUUUUGUCUGUUUUUUCCCUCUAACUUCCCUGAAAUACCUUUUAAUAGGGAUAGAAAUUGUGAUUAGAAGAGAAUCAGAUGUUCUCUGUUCAUUGUCCCCACACAUGUAAAUUAUUUAUUUUAUCAGUACUGGAUAGAGUUCACAUGCUGACUCCCUGGGUACCUACAAUUGAGAAGAGAGUGAUGGAUUAUUAUUUUACCUUUAGUUCAAAAUAAUGUCAUUGCAGUCUGGAUAAAUUAUAAUAAAUUCAUAUAUUUGAAAUAAGAUCUUAGAAACGAUUAAUAUUUAAAUGGUAUUAAACUGCAGAGCAAGAGGGCUUCAGUAUAUUCAUACCUAAGUUCAUACAUACAGUUGGAUGAUGAUUUUCCUUGCUAACAUAUUAAUGUUGAUAUUUUUAUUUUUUCAAACAUACUGUAAUUUAAAAAUUGUGAGCAUUUGUUGUAAGUUCACAGAAAACUUAAUGUUGUUCAAAUUCUCAGGAAUUAAGGACUAACUAUAGCAUUGUCAGUUCUAAUUAAAUUUUGUAAAAGAUGGCAAGUUUGUUACCUCACUUGAGUGGGGCUUCCCCCUCCCCCCAGUUCUAAGAUAAUACAAUAUGUAUAAUAAAACAUUAAUAAAUAUAAUUUCAAAAUUUUC